CGCAGGGGCAUAGGACAAAGCUAAUAUUAAAACUGGAUAUUUUACAUGUAUUAUUAUUUUGUAUGAGUGAUUACGACAUCGCUGUAAACUAGCUAGCCAGCUAAGGUUCAGGUCUCACCUGGUCAGAGUUUAUCGAUAUAGUUAACAUUAGUUAGUAAGCUAGCUAGCAAGCUAAGAGCUGUCGCUACCUGCCUCGCACAGUGAGAGUUAGUUGGUAAAUUGUUACUGUAUCUACGGCUUACUUGUAAACUAGACUUGCCGAGUUAAGGGUAAGUAGCAUGGAUGACCCGGACGGAAAUGCUGUAGAGCUUCAUGGUGACGAAGAAAUCAUUGAGGUUAUCGACUUAAACGAAACUGAGCCAACAGCAGAUGACUUGGCGGAGGAGUUUGAGGAUGUGGACGUCGGCGAGGCGGGGGCCCCGGAGGACAGCGAUGGCUGGGAGACGGAGGAUGAGGAGAUGGAGGCGGAUCAAGACGACAGCGAACUCACCUUUUCCAAACACACAGGCUCCGUGUUCUGCGUGAGUUUGGACCCGGCGACAAACAGCCUAGCAGUGACCGGCGGUGAGGAUGACAAGGCGUUUGUGUGGAGAGUCAGCGAUGGAGAGGUGCUGUUUGAGUGCACAGGCCAUAAGGACUCGGUCACGUGUGCCCUGUUCAGCCACGACUCGAAGCUGGUGGCGACUGGAGACAUGAGCGGUCUGAUCAAGGUGUGGAAGGUGGAGACCAAGGAGGAGGUGUGGUCCUUUGAAGUGGGAGACCUGGAGUGGAUCGAGUGGCACCAGUGUGCCCCCGUCCUGCUGGCAGGCACCGCCGACGGCAGCGUGUGGAUGUGGAAGGUGCCAGGCGGAGACUGCAAGACCUUCCAGGGGCCUGGUUGCCAGGCGACCAGUGGAAAGAUCCUGCCAGAUGGAAAGAGAGCAGUGGUUGGGUAUGAAGAUGGGGUCGUACGACUGUGGGAUCUCAAACAGGGCAACGCUGUCCAUGUCAUCAAAGGUCACGAUGGCCACCAGGGGGCGCUGACCUGUAUUGCAUGCAAUAAGGAUGGGAGUCUGGUGCUGACUGGAUCAGUGGAUAGCCAUGCCAAGCUCAUCAACACUGCCACGGGCAAGGUUGUCGGGGUGUUCUCCAUGGAGGACAGCAAGGCAAAGGGCUCAGAGGAGGAUGAGGCCGAGUCAAACUCCGUGGAGUCUGUGGGAUUCUGUAACGUGUUACCCCUCGUCGCUGUGGCUUACCUGGACGGAACCCUGGCCAUCUAUGACCUGUCCACACAAAGCCUGAGGCACAGGUGUCAGCACAAGGCAGGUAUUGUGCACCUGCAGUGGGAGGAGGGCUCCUCACUGGUGUCCACCUGCAGUUUGGACGGAGCUGUGAGGCUGUGGGAUGCCCGCUCGGGGAACAUGGUGUCCGAGUACCGCGGCCACACCGCUGAAAUCCUCGACUUCACGCUCAACAAGGAGGCCUCCCUGGCUGUCACAGCCUCAGGGGAUCACACCGCCAAAGUCUUCUGUCUCCAGAGACCCGACCGAUAGGACCGGCUCCACCAGGAACCUGCCAUCACAGACCUCGCACCAGGGAGCUCUGAGUGCUGGGCUUGUGAUUGGUGCUUCGUGAGUGAGUGUGAGUUCUGAUUUGGGCCUCGUGCUGUCUGCUUCCUGCUUCGGAAGAGGGCUCACAGAGAGACACAAACCCACAGAGAUGAACAUAUGCAGAAACUCUCAGAUCCUGUUGCCACUGAUACAGGACACCAUGGACAACAAUCGUCUACACUUACAACUCAGUGUAAACCAAAGCAAUAAUUAUUUUAAAAUACCUAUACAGUGGGAAUUGUGGGGAAAAAAAACAACAGACUGAUCAAAGAAACACUAUUUUAGAGUCUUCAUCUCAGCCAGAUUACUGUUAAUACUUGUAUGGAGCUCUCCUUUCUAACGGUGAUUGCAACCCCAAUGCCAACCCUGUGGCCCAUAAUUCAGUGUCCUGUGAUGUUAUG